AUGAGCUCUGCAGCCGAAAGGAUGGGUUCCGUCGACACCUCCACUAUUGUCAGCGGCACCAGCACGGCUGCUGAUGCUGCUGCCUCCCUCAGCGUCGCCCUGGCAAAAAGCUUGUCGGCUGGCGCUGGCGGUCCGCAGGCGGCCCUGUCGUCUGCGGUUUCGACUGCCCAUGACGUCGCGGCCACCCAUGGCUCCUGGUCGUGGGUCGGCCUCUUUGCGAGGCUGGUCUUGUCCAUCCUCCAUGUCGUCUCUGUCGUCUUGUAUUUCGUGAUCAAGCUGGCCACAUUUUCGUUGCCCACACUGCUCUUCACGCUGUUCUCGACGACCCUCACCGUGACUAUGAAUGCCACGACUUUGAUGGUUAUUUUUGCUGCAUUUUUCUCCACUGCCAGCUGGUUUGUGCGGUAUCGCUACCUCAACAUGUACGCGCGUCUUCCGCCAGAGCCGCAGCGCAAAGAGCCGGACAUUGACUUGUUUCCUGACACGCACGAGGAGGGUAUCAAGUCGGGCCUCUCAAACUACCUGGACGAGUUUCUUAGUGCCAUUAAGAUUUUUGGCUACCUCGAGCGGCCCGUGUUCCAUGAACUCACCCGCAGCAUGAUGACGCGGAAGCUCAUCGCAGGCGAGACUCUGGACCUUGAAGAAGAGAAAGGAUUUUGUAUCGUUGUCGACGGGCUAGUCGAGAUCUUUGUCAAGUCGUCGAGCCACGGACACCGCCACAACGCCAACGUCGACUCACGCCGCGGACCCUUCUUGGAGACCGCCUCGAGUGACGACGACGAGGAGCCUCUCGCUCAUGGAAACCAGCGGUACCAGCUCCUUACAGAGGUUCGCAAUGGCGCUCCCAUGUCUUCUCUCUUCUCUCUGAUGUCUCUCUUCACCGAGGACAUCAACCUGCGCGUUGAAGACGACAGCACACCAGCGACCCCUGCCAUGGGCGGUCGUCCAAACGUACCUCGUCCCCCGGCCAGUGCGAAAUUCCGCGGAUCACACGACUCGCACACCCCGUUUCCAAAGACGUCUGCAUAUGGUACAGACGGCGCAACUGCUGAGCCGAUGGAAACAGCAGAUGCGACCGCCCAGCAAUCGGCUAGUUCCCGUCUCCCGCGUGUUCCUCCAAUGACCUUGGAUCCUCUUCGCGACCCUCCUCGCCCCCAACGACCGGUACCGCGACGGACGGCGACCAACUCGGUCCACCCGGAUAUCAUUGCCCGGGCCACCGUGGACACAACGAUUGCUAUUAUUCCAGCAAGCGCCUUCCGCCGCCUCAUUCGCAUCUACCCCAAAGCCACAUCGCAUAUCGUGCAUGUGAUCUUGUCCCGCUUCCAGCGUGUAACGCUCGCCACCGCGUACAACUACCUAGGCCUCUCGGAAGAGGUUUUGCAGACGGAAGAGAACAUGAUCAAAUACACCAUGCGCCAGUUGCCCAACUUCUUACGUGGAGAUGCCUUGGAGCGCCUGAAGGAGAAAUUCCACCGAGAACGCGAACGGAUCGGCGAAGACGAGACAGACAAGGGCAUCGCUCUGCACAAUCCUGCCACGGGUCGCCGCAAGAGAUCAACGACGACCCUGCGCAAGGAGGCCGCCCUGCACUCGCUGGCCCGACAGCGGCCUUCUUCCUCGGCCACGUCAUUCAGUCUUCGCCCACAGGACCACAACUCUCGGUCGAGCAACAAGCCUGGGGAUCUUCUCGCUAAUACGUCGCUGGAUGUGACCUCCGGAAACGUUGACCUCGCCGCAGACUCUCUUCCUUCCUUGGCUGAUUCACCAUUUGGCUCUGACCCUUUCCAACUCGAUGCCAACUUGGCAAUGUCGCCACUGGCCCAGAGGUCGUUCAAUCCUUUUGCGACGCAGAAACAGAACCGUAUGUCCAUCGACUCGCGGGAAGGCCUGGACGAAGAGAAUGUUUUCCGAGAGUCUGUCCUCGAGUGCAUGUUCAAAGCCAUUGGUCUCAACUCCAGCACGGCUACACCCAGGGAGGCCGAGUCGAUUGAGGCGUCUCCUCGACUUGGAUCGUACGAGAACUUCCGCCAGAGAACCUACAGUUCCAAUGCCUUUGGAUUUAUGGAUCCGUUCGGCGGCUCUGCCGAUGGUGAUGCUGACUCGAUGGCCUCCGGUACGACUGCGAACACCCCUCCUAGCGUCCAGAGCCUGGCCCACGAUAUGCUGGAUGAGGUCGAGAUUGUCUUUUUCCCCAAGGACUCAGUCCUUGUGGAGCAAGGGGAACGCAAUCCUGGUCUCUACUAUGUCAUUGACGGGUUUCUUGACGUCUGCAUGCCCGCUGGAGCUCCCACGUCUGGCGACAUCAUACAGUCGGCCACAGCAACCGAGUCUCAGUCUACAUCCUCCUCUUCAAGCACACAGAACGGAACCGCCAAACCGACAGGCAGAAAGAAGGCCAAGUCAGCUCGUCGAAGCGUCGGCCUCAUUAAACCUGGUGGCCUUGCUGGUUACAUUGGCACCGUCUCUUCAUAUCGGUCGUUCAUCGAUGUCGUUGCGAAGACAGAUGUGUAUGUUGGCUUCUUGCCUCGCGCGUCGCUUGAGCGUAUUGUGGACCGGUAUCCCAUUGUCCUCCUUACCAUGGCAAAGCGCCUCACGAAUAUAUUGCCCCGGCUGAUCCUGCAUAUUGACUUUGCUCUGGAGUGGUUGCAGGUCAAUGCCGGCCAAGUCAUCUUCCACAAGAAUGAAGAAAGCGAGGCCAUCUACAUCGUUCUUAAUGGCCGUUUGCGCUUGGUUAAUGACCGGAACGAGGGGCGGGUUGGCGUCCUGGCUGAGUUCGGCCAGGGCGAGAGUGUUGGCGAGCUUGAGGUGCUCACCGAAUCGUCUCGUUCCGGAACCCUGCAUGCCAUUCGAGACACGGAACUGGUCAAAUUUCCCCGGACUUUGUUCAACAGCCUGGCACAGGAGCACCCCAACAUCACGAUCAAGAUCUCAAAGAUCAUUGCGUCCCGCAUGCGAAAUCUCAUGGAGAAUCCCAAUGCCGCCCUCAGUCUCAUGGACGGCAAGGCGACAAACUCCAUCGAAAAGGGCUCCUCCACUGACAAUUUACGGACGGUUGCGGUCCUUCCCGUCACCGCGGGUGUUCCAAUUGUGGAGUUUGGUGACAAACUUAUGAAUGCCCUUAGCCAAGUGGGAACGCCCAAUGGAGCAACAUCGCUCAACCAAGCCGCCAUUCUGAACCACCUGGGAAAGCACGCUUUCAACAAGAUGGGCAAGCUAAAGCUUUCGCAGUAUCUCGCGGAUCUGGAAGAAAAAUACAGCCUCGUCGUUUAUGUUGCAGAAGGCUCGUCGGAGAUUGGCGAAUACGAGCGGUUCAUGCUGGGCAUGAAGUCGACGGCAAGGAAGCUGCUGGUGCUGCUCCACGCGGAGCGCUAUUCGGCCUCAGGCACGACUCGAUCGUGGUUGAAGAAUCGCGUGUGGAUCAAUGGUGGCCAUUAUCAUGUGCAGAUGCCGUUCGUUUCGCAAGCGGUGCCCAUUCAUCAGCCACCCAAACGACUAGGGCCUAGCCUCAAGGAGAGAGUCCAGAUCAUACAGGCCGAGAUUCAAAAGUACACCUCCCGAAAGGUGCGGCGCAGACCCUUCUAUUCCCCGGAUGCCCCAUUCAAGGACGAUUUCCAUCGUCUGGCACGGCGCCUUUGCGGGAAAUCUAUUGGCUUGGUUCUUGGCGGCGGUGGUGCUCGCGGUCUCGCGCAGAUUGGCAUCAUUCGUGCGUUGGAGGAUGCUGGCAUUCCGAUUGAUAUGAUUGGCGGCACAUCGAUGGGCGCGUUUGUCGGUGCCCUCUACGCCCGGCAUGCCGACGUGGUACCCAUCUUUGGUCUGUCCAAGAAGUUCGCGGGCCGUAUGGCGAGUGUUUGGCGCUUUGCGCUGGACUUGACAUACCCGUCAGCGUCGUACACGACCGGCCAUGAGUUCAACCGCGGCAUCUACAAGUCGUUUGGCAAGGCACAGAUCGAGGACUUCUGGCUCGAAUACUACUGCAACACAACGAACAUCAGCAAGAGCCGGGCAGAGUUCCAUACAAGCGGCUACGCCUGGCGCUACGUCCGCGCUUCGAUGUCUCUAGCGGGCUUGCUGCCGCCGCUGUGUGACGAAGGCAACAUGCUGCUGGACGGUGGCUAUGUUGACAAUCUGACGGUGUCCCACAUGAAGAAUCUCGGAGCGGACAUCAUCUUUGCUGUCGACGUGGGCGCACUGGACGACGAUACGCCGCAAGCGUUUGGUGAUACGUUGUCGGGGUUCUGGGCAUUCGUCAACCGGUGGAACCCCCUGUCGGCGACGCCCAACCCGCCGACGUUGGCCGAGAUCCAGGCACGCCUCGCGUACGUGUCCAGCGUCGACGCCCUGGAGCGGGCGAAGACACUUCCCGGCUGUCUCUACAUGCGGCCCCCGAUUGACGACUACGGCACGCUUGAAUUUGGAAAGUUUGACGAGAUUGUGCAGGUCGGCUACCAUUAUGGACAGGAUUUCCUGCAGAAGUUGCGUGAUGAUGGCCGUCUCCCGUUGAUGGAGGAGACGGAGGAGAAGAAGGCGCUGCGGCGGACGAUGGCGCCUCGGAGAGCGAGUAUCUGA